AUGCCGCGCAUCAACAUGCCCGAGAUCAUGGACAGCCCGCGCUGCCCCAGCUUCUUGCGGGAUGCGGUGACCGGCUACCUCCGAGUGAUGACUGAUCUCAGCCGGGUGUGCCAAGGCGCCGGCCCUGUCCUGCGGCGCCUGCUCGACCAGUUUGCCGAUUAUCAGAUCCAGCAGCAGCAGCAGCAGCAGCAGGAGCAGCUGGAUGGCGGCUGCGAAAACCAAAGGGGCGGCGACGGCGCGCACGCCGCCGCAGCUCCGCCGCCGCCGCCGACCCCGCCGCCGCCGACGCCGCCGCGCAGGGUUAUCAUCGACCUCUGCAGCGGCGGCGGCGGCCCUCUCAUCGGCCUCGUCGCGCGCGGCGCUCUCGGGCCGGUCGACGAGGUCGUGCUCACCGACCUGUACCCAAACGCGGCCGCGUUCGCGCUCGCUGAGCGCCGCCUGCCGCCCGGCGCCUGCCGCGGCGUGAUUACGGCGGUGGACGCGGGCGACGUGCCGCCUGAGCUGUGCGGCGGGGUGCGGACGCUCUUCAAUAGCCUGCACCACUUGGCGCCACUGCUGGUGCUGCGGGUGCUGGCGGAUGCGGCGCGGCAGGGGCAGCCAUUUGCGGCGUUCGAGGUGCGUGCGCAGCGCGCGGGCGGCCCCGAGGCCGGGGCGCUCCUGCGCUGA